AUGCCGGUUGGAACCGAGCUACAACCGGGCCACAGCGUACCGGACACGCCUGAGUCCUCGAAUGCGGAUUCUGUGCGUUCCCACGUCUCAGUUCCGCCCACUCUUGCCGCUGACACUACGCGAACGACGGGUCAGCAAUUUGUGGCCGAAAGCGACGAUUUGGAAACUGCAAAGCCGACUUCUGCACCGCAAAACACCCCGGAACCGGCUGAAGCCGAGACAUCCCGGUUUUCGGCCACAAAAUCGCCGAUUUUACACGAAGACCCCAGUAUUGCACCGUUGUCGUCGACAACAACAAAAACAACAAUAGGAGCUCCGUCAAUAACCGGAGCAAGUCCGCAGCGGGCUCAAAACAAAGCAGAUGACUCAGACAACGCGGACAAUACCGCAACAGGCGCUUCAAACCGCCUUUCGGAUCGUGGUCCUGUGUUUCCCACUUUUUCUGCUCCUCGUCAGGAGUCAUCAUCACCAAAACCGCUUAAUAGCGAGAUCACUGUGGACGAAAAAAGUGGCACGACCGCGGCUCGUACUGCCGCGGUCAUUGUGAACGGGGAUCGAUUCGCAGAUCCAGACACCCAGACACCACACGACCAAGAAAACUUGGAAACCAAUGUCAACAGUAGUAAAAGCUCUCCAUCAUCGCCAACUGCAAAUUCGGUACAACUGCCGCACAUUACAACGCUGUUAACACUGCCGAAAAUUCCAGAACCUGCCCGUCACAACCAUGCAGCGUCACCCAAUUCGAUUUUAACCGGACGCAACGUUUUUGCAACCUCUGCGUCUCGCAACUCGCCAUCCGACACUGGUGCGGGUAAAUUCGACAAACUGCCGCUUCGCGGCGCAAGCAGCUUUAGCGGUGUCAGCAGCAGUAGUCGUAGCGGUAUUGGAGCUGGUGGGAGCACUCCGUUGAUGUCGGUCAACAACAGCAGGACAUUUUUGACGCCGCAUCGACUAAGCUUCAAUACUCACCAAAUGGCAACCGAUCCGCAUGUUACGUUGGUGGAUCACAACAAGAUUGAUAUUUCGUCGUUGCUGAACUCACGGGGCGAAGAUGUUUACACUUUACGGUCGCGAGAACAAUUGAGCUCGUCUCCGGCUUUUCAAGGGCUGGGCCAUGAUGAAAACGAGAGCGGGGCGUUCAGCGAUGAAAAUAACAACAACAACAAUAAAAACAGGAAUAAUAGGAACGACAAUUACAACGGAAAUGAGAACGACAAUGACCACGACAACGACGCUAAUGACCAGGAAUACGACAACCGUCACCCGAAACAGUCACACAAUCUUCGUGGUAAAACCGGUCGCUCCAAAGCGACCAAAACACUCGAUUUCCAGUCAGCGUCAACCGUAGUGGUGCCACCACCAAGAACACAACCGGGUCGCAUCAAGUCUAAGUUCGACGAAGUACGUUCACGCCUGUUACUCGACCCCAAUGCUAUCCCGCCGCGUCCAGAUAAUUUUGGUUCGUCAUCGUCCGCUCGAUCCGAAGACGACUUUGCAGCAGCAGGUGCCGCAGCAGCCAUUAUAACCAAAAUGCGCUCAUCACCUUACGAACCUCAUGAUGAACCAAGCGCCUCUAGUCGUCCUGGAUCUGCUAGCUUCAGACACCAUAUGCGGCCAGUAGUCCGGAUCCAUCAACGCGAAUACGAGCCUAAUGAAAGCGAUGAAAGCGCAGUGAUAGAAGACGACACAGAAGACGAAUCUUAUGAAGAGGGUUCUGGACAUGCCACGGACAAAAUCAGCUGGAACAAAAGUGGGAUGAAAAAACGGGUCACCCGACGCCAAUCUGCACCAUCUUCCAAUUUCAAACGCCGUCAUUCCGUCAAGGUAGAAGAGUCCAAUCCGAGCUCGCGCACUUCGCGACAUUCUUCUACUUCGUCCGCAUCUACGGUCACGUCGUUACUUUCAGCUGCUAAACUCUUGGGUAAGAAACCAAGUGACAAACCUGUUAAAGACGAAUCGAAAGGCCCUCAUUGGAAAGGGAAAGAUCCAGCGCUGUCACCACCUACCUCGCCAAAUCAUAGCAAAGUGCGCAGAAAAAACGCAGCGGGCUCGAGAUCGAGGAGCGGAUGCUGGAUUUGCAGACUGCGUAAGAAGAAAUGUACCGAGGAAAAACCAAGCUGCCACAAUUGCAUGCGACUCAAUCUGCAAUGUUUCUACGAUCAUACAAAGCCAGACUUCAUAUCAGAUCCUGCUAAGAAAAACGAAAAGUUGGAAGAAAUCAAGAAAAAGACUAAAGAGGCAAAACGCAUGGCCAUGAGGAGACGGCCCUGA